CCCGCUCUCGAUCUUCUUUCUAGUUUCUGGUUGAAAGCGCUCCGCGCGUCGUGUUUCGGGGGCUUCGGGGGCAGUUGCAGUCACAUAACCAAACAGAGAAGCAUUCUCUUGAAAACAAACGCAAAUGUUAAAAUUCCGGAUAGCCGGACGUAAUUUUUAAGAAACUAAAAUAAUAGAGGCUGAGAUAACGCAGCUGUGAAAAAUCAUGGCGGUGUUUGAAGUGCUGAGAAAAGACUACAGCGAUUACCUGCAGCAGCAUUUCAAGCUGUCGGACGUUUCGUUGUUUCAAAAGAAGUGCGUCGAACGUUGUGCGAAUGAUGGCGACAGGAAGCCGGCGAUCGACCAGGCGCUCCGAGACACCCUGCUGGUCGUGCUGACGGAAAACUCCUCGGGUAACGUGCGCUCCCUCGAGUCGUACAUCACGUUCUGCAUAGAGCUGUGCAGGAAGGACCUCGCGACGGCGAGUAUGCCGGUGAUGUUGUUGGGCGACAUCUUCGACUCGAUGACACUGGACAGGUGCGAGCAGCUGUUCACCUUCGUGGAAAACAACGUUACCGUGUGGAAGGAAGAUCUCUUCUUCACGGCCUGCAAGAAUAACUUGUUGAGAAUGUGCAACGACCUGCUGAGGAGGUUGUCUCGUUCGCAGCAAACGGUAUUCUGUGGUAGGAUUCUGUUGUUCCUCGCAAAGUUCUUCCCCUUCUCCGAGAGGUCCGGCUUGAAUAUCGUCAGCGAGUUCAAUCUGGAGAAUCACACGGAGUUCGGUUUGGAGGAGGACAACUUGGAGCAGAUCACCAAGGAAGACGACAAGUCGGAGAGCAAGAUACCCAUUGAUUACAAUUUGUAUAGAAAGUUCUGGGCUCUGCAAGACUUCUUCAGAAAUCCGAAUCAGUGCUACAAUAAAAUGCACUGGAAGGUCUUUUCAACUCAUGCAUCUAAUGUGCUGUCAGCGUUUGCUUCUUUUAAAUUGGAGGAGCAACGUAGUUACCCUUCGACAUGUAUCAAGAUGGAUACUUCUACGGAAGGCCCCCAUAAGGAGACGCACUAUUUUGCCAAAUAUUUGACAAAUCAGAAGUUGUUGGAGUUACAGCUGUCAGAUUCCAAUUUCAGACGAUACGUAUUGCUGCAAUUUCUCAUUCUUUUCCAGUAUCUGAAUAGCACUGUAAAAUUCAAGGCUGAGACACACGAACUCAAGCCGGACCAAGUGGAAUGGGUAAAGGCCACUACCGAGCAGGUUUAUACUCUACUGGCCGAAACACCGCCCGACGGUCCCACGUUUGCUGAGACCGUGAAGAACAUUUUGAAGCGCGAGGAGCACUGGAAUGCGUGGAAGAAUGAGGGUUGUCCACCGUUUAAACGACCGACGUCGGACGCCGCUGACGAUGAGCCACGAAAGCUGAGGAGACCGAGGCGGCGUAUCGGUGAUGCGAUUAGAGAUGCGCAGGCGGUUGGAAAAUAUCACAUGGGAAACCCAGAACUCUCCAAACUGUGGAAUCUAUGUCCAAACAAUCUCGAGGCAUGCAAAUCUAAGGAUAGAGAUUUCCUUCCAUCCUUAGAAACGUACUUCGAAGACGCUAUAUUGGAAUUGGACCCUAGUGCGUUGGUAGAUGACAAGUACAAAAAGGUGAACGAUGGUAACUUUGGUUGGAGAGCAUUAAGACUAUUAGCGAGACGAAGCCCGCAUUUCUUUGUUCAUGGCAAUUAUCCUAUAAAUAAAUUGCCAGAGUACCUUGAGACAAUGAUUAAGAAAAUUGCCAAAGACCGUCCACAGACACAGUCUGAUGCAAAAUUGGACACCGAGGAAACGCCGCCGUCGGAAUGUACCGAUCAAGAAUUCAACGAAGACGUCUUGAAGCAGGAAAGCGAGCAGGUUGAGGCCGAAAGCUCUGAUGUGAAAGCAAGAAAGUUAAAUAAAGUCACCUCGGAAAUGGUGGCGAAAUUAUCGGAGAGUCUGAAAAACGAUUGGAAGAAAUUAGCGACGAAAUUUGGUUACACAAAUGAUGAGAUUGCUUUUUUCCAAAGUAAAGCGACGCCGUAUGAACAAUGCAAGACUAUGCUCGAGAUAUGGGCGGAAGAAGAUGAAGAUGCAUCAGUGGAAAAUUUAGCUUAUAUGUUGGAAGGUUUAAAAUACACAGAAGCGUUAAUGGUACUAAAAUCUUAAAUACUUUUUAAUUUAGGUAAGAAUAAUUAAGUAAAAAUAAUUGUACCAAUGAAAUACAAACAAAAUUGUAUUAUAUUUUGUCAUUUGUAAUAAAGGUUUUCAUCGAUA